UCGAAUGGAGACCAGCAUUAGAAUAAUCCAAACCGAAUCACUUUCUUCGCUUCCAAUCACACACGAAAUGGUUGUAGCUGCUACUAAGGAAGAUAAAACACUUCUGAAUGUACUUCAACAAAUCAAAACUGGAUGGUCAACAACCAAUAUGGCACCUGAUGUGAAAUCGUAUCGUGCACGACAAGAAUCGUUAUACAGUUCAGGGGAUUGUGUCAUGUUAUCGGAUAGAGUGGUCAUUCCAGAUGUUCUUCGUACACCAGUUUUAAAGCAGCUACAUGCUGGACAUCCUGGGAUGGAGCGAAUGAAAGCUAUAGCACGCAGCUACGUAUAUUGGCCAAACAUCGAUGCGGACAUAGAAGAUUACGUUCGACGAUGCUCCCGUUGUGCAGCAGUAGCCAAGUCUCCCACAAAGACAACACUUUCAUCUUGGCCAAUUCCUACACAACCAUGGUCUCGUAUCCAUGUGGACUAUGCCGGGCCAUACAAGGGCAAUUUUUUUCUGGUUAUCGUCGACGCUCUCACCAAGUGGUCAGAAAUAUAUUGCACGAACUCCAUGACAUCAUCCGUCACUAUAAACAAGCUUUUAGAAACCAUAGCAAGGUUUGGAUUACCAGAUGUUAUCGUGACUGACAACGGGACACAGUUUGAUUCAAAUUCCUUCGCAAAGUUUUGUGAAAAGAAUGGAAUAGAACAUAUUAAAAUUCCACCAUUUCAUCCUCAGUCGAACGAACAAGCAGAACGGUUCGUCGAUACAUUGAAAAGGGCGAUAACAAAAAUGGAAUGUGAUGCAUUUGAAAAGGCACUUCAAACGUUUCUGUUCACGUACAGAUACACUCCAAACGAAUAUAUUGAAAAUUCAAAAUCACCUGCCGAAGCGAUGCUUGGAAGAAAAAUCAAAAUGAAUUUGGACCAUCUAAAAAAACAACAACCCAAGUCGUUACAGGUUAAUCAAAAGCAAAAUUACCAAUUUAAUAGAUCUCAUAGAGCCAAAGAAAGGAUGUUUGCUGCCGGUGAUGAAGUAUACGCAGAAAUUCAUAUACGCAAUAAACGAUACUGA